AGCAGAAGCCGACGGGUGUGGUGCGUGCCGUGCGCCAUCCGAAAUGCCGGUCAUUUGGGCGAGGCAGGAGGCUCGUGAAUGACGUGGCCGUCAUGGAGAUUGAGCAAGACUUUCCAGCCAUGCUGGACGCCGUUUCCUUACCGAAAGAUCUGGGCAACAUUACGGGACACGUGGUUGAGACGGCCGGUUGGGGUAACACCGACGAGGAACAGGAGGCACGGCUGAACCACAGUGAUCACCUUCAGCGCGUGACCCUCAGGUUGCGUAGUGCCGAGCGCUGCAAGGAAGCCUAUCCGACUGCUAAUAUGCAGGACCAGGUGUGUGCGACCGCCAAAGACGGCCAGCCUCACUUGGACGACUUCGGUGCUCCUCUGCUGCUUACCACCGAUGACUGGUACGUGAUCGGGGUGUUUUCUUGGUUCCGCCUCAGGGACUUCCCAACCUCGCCCUUCGUCUUCGCCAGCACAGCUCAUCACAUCCAGUGGAUACAGAGUGUCAUUGGCAAGAGCAGCGGAGCCGAAAACCUAUAACAUGGAAGAGGAGCGCGUUGCU